GUUCCGAAAAACUUUGUCCGCGGUUGCCAAACAAGGCAAGUAAAAUAAAAAAAUAAAAAAAUGCAAGAAAAAUCGUGAAAACAGCAUGGUGCCUUCAUUCGUGAGCGUAAUGCAUCAUAAAUAGAUUCGUCGAGGAUGUACGAGAUGUAUAGAGGUAACGUAACAGGUAUGAGGUCAAUAAGUCAGUGGUAGGACGUCAUGAGCGGGGUCUGUGCUAGCGGUAAUGAGAGGCAGCGGCGGAGCAUAAUUAGGGUAGUGUGGGAGACUGUAGAGAUGUUUUCUCCCUUGUAAACAGCAAUAAGUCAUUCUGAAAUGAGAGCGGAUAACUUCCCUCGAAGAUGUAUGCUUAGCAUACCAGCCACUGUGCCCUCUCCAAAGUUUCCCAGUCUACAACGCCCGAACCCCCACUAGCCCAUUCCUAACCAUGAAUACCGACGAAAUAAAGCCAGGAUAUCCGGUUGCAGGUGUCUUGGUCGCAGUGAAAUGGUGCGAGCGGGCUAUGGUGUUAUGUAGCAGGAGGCCGAGAGCUGUUGACGUCGAAACUGGCAAAAUCACAGCGGCCGCCUGCUUGGCUGAAUGCAGGAUCGUUCUUCAAAGCUGUCUUGUCUUUUCUUGUCUCUUGAAUGACAAUGAUGGCAAGAACGAAGUGUGGACAACGUUUUUCGGAACGUCUGUUCUUAGAGGCCGCGCAGAAUCACCGUCCAAAUUGGCAUCUUCUCAAACCUUCUCAAACCCCGUAUGUGCAACAGGCGAUUGGCCUGACAUUGUCAAGGACACUCUUCCCUCCGAGUAUCUCCCGCGCUUCACUGACCAGGAAAAGAGGGAUUUCUUCGCCAUCGAUUCCUACCGCUCGCAAUGGCCUGUCUGUAACGAACCUGUACUGUUCGACUCGGAUUACGGCUGGGCCAUAGGUCCUGCUGCUGACCCAUUGGCUACCUGGCUCCAAGCAACACCAGUGACCGUUCGUACUUUGCUGAAGGACCUCCACUCCCGAUGGCCGAGUAAUACACUGUAUGUUUCCGAGUUCGGCUUCGCGGAGCCUUUCGAAAACGAGAAAACGGACCUGUCGCAAAUAAAGGAGGACGUGGACCGAGCGACAAUGCUCGACAAUGCGGAAUGGGCAAGUGGAACGUCCGUCAGAUUCGGUAUUCAGCAUGUCAAUUACACGACACUAGAACGGACGUACAAGCGUUCAGUGCUGUCCUUGGAUUUACGAGUGAAAAUAGCGGAAUUCUUUGCGUCGCACCUUCAAGAUUGA